AUGGAUCGUCUAGAGAGGCUUCAUCUCUGCGAUGAUCAACAAAAUCCAUUGGGCUUCUCUUUGUCUCCAUCUGUUUACAGCUCUAACAAUGCCAAAGACACCAAUCCACCAGAUAGUGGCUAUGGAUGGGUUGUGGUAGUGUCAGUCUUCAUGGUGAUGGGCCUCACGCUCAAGACUUUUUGUCUGUUCUUUGUUGAAAUCCAGCAACACUUCGAUGAACUUGCAAGCACCACUUCCUGGAUCACAUCAGUAACUAUUGUCAUCUUUCACUUAGGAAUCCCUCCUGCCAGCUCACUAUGUGUAGGAUACACUCACCAGGCAGUUGUGAUCACUGGAGGACUCCUGGCUUUUUCAGGAAUGGCACUGGGAUUUCUUGGACUCAGCAUGGUCUGGAUGUAUGCAAUGACUGGAUUCCUACAGGGACUUGGGAUUUCCUUUUCAUGGACACCAGGCAUUAGCAUUGUUAGCUAUUAUUUCUCCAAUGAAAGAGCUUUGGCAAAUUCUGUUAUCAGUGCUGGAGAAUGUACCUUUGCAUUCACAUUUGGGCCAUUUUUCCAGUGGUUGAUUAGUCAGUACGGAUGGAAAGGUGCACUUAUCAUAGGUGGCAUCCAACUCAGUAUUUGUGUCUGUGGAGUACUGAUACGACCCCUGGUAAGCAGCUGCCUCCUUGAGGCUAGCCAUUCUGAAACUGAGACACCACCUGGAAAUGGUCCAUCUAGGAUAGACAAGAAGUCUCCCAUCACACACAAAACCUUCAACUGAAUGCUUGUGAGACAACCAGAGUUUGUACUUUAUGCCAUUUUUGGCAUAUUAGCUGCUCUGAGUUUUUUUGUUCCUCCAUUAUUUCAUGUUCCACUUACCUACAGCCUGGGAAUAGAUGAAUCCGUCCUAUCCAUUUUGACCAUGGUGAACUUUGCAGGCAGACUGCUAUGUGACUGGUAUGACAAUCUCCACAUUACCAGAAGUGUUCAUUUGCUGACAAUGACAAUUACACUGAUCAGUACUUCCCUGAUGCUGUUGCCACUGACUGACAACUACCUGUCCUUAGCAAUAUUUACUGGUUUCUAUGGAUUCUUCUUUGGUCUAACAGUCACUGUUCACAUUACAGUUCCAGCAGAUGUUGUGGGCAUGUCAGAUUUUGACAGUUCUUUAUGGCUUUUCAUGCUGGUUUGAAGCUCUGAAGGUUUUGACAGGCCUCCUCUUGCUGGUAAGUCUAUCAUGGACAGAGCUGGAGAUUACAGAGCAGGCUUCUACAUGGCAGGAGCCACUCUUGUCCUAUCAGCUGGAUUUUUAGUCACUUUAGAUCAGCUCCAACAGAGAACAGAAAGAGCAAGCCAGACUAACACCAAAGCAGAAAAGUCAACAUUGCCCUACCUUUCCUUCCAACUCCUUGAAUCUUCAAAACAGAAGAACAUAAAAGAUGGGAAGAAGGGCUGGAUCACAUUUAAAAGAAACAGUUAA